AUGACCGUGCACCUUUUCGGUGCAACCUCCUCUCCUUGUUGUGCCAAUUUUGCUUUGAAGAAGUCUGCGCAAGAUAGUGAGUGUGAGUUGGGAUCAGCUGCCGCUGACUUUCUGCGGAACGACUUCUAUGUGGAUGAUCCAUUGAAGUCCUGUGCCACGAUUGAGGAGGCGAACCAUUUGAUCAAGUCUGUGAAAGAAAUGUGCAGAAGAGGAGGUUUCAACCUGCAGAAGUUCGUUUCCAACAAGAAGGAGGUCAUAAAGAACAUCCCAGUGAUUGACAGAGCUGAUCACCUCAAGAGCAUAAACCUCGAUCUUGACAAGUUACCCAUGGAACGAGCACUCGGUGUUCAGUGGUGUAUUCAGUCAGACACUUUCCAAUUUCGUAUAGCAUUGAAAGACCGUCCUUGUACAAGAAGGGGAAUUCUCUCCACCAUCAGUUCUAUUUUUGACCCACUUGGUUUUAUUGCACCAGUGCUAUUAGAAGGAAAGAGUAUUCUACAAGAAUUGUGCCGCAAUGGUGUGGAUUGGGACGACCCAAUAAUACCUGAGGUGAUCAGAGCAAGAUGGGAAAGAUGGAGGACUGAGCUUCAUGUUCUUCAGCAUUUUUCAAUUCCCAGAUGUUUCAAACCUGAUGACUUUGGAACAGUAGUAAAGAAAGAGCUGCACCAUUUCUCCGACGCCAGCACUAAGGGAUACGGUCAAUGCAGUUAUCUGAGGCUUCAAGACGAUUCCGGCAGAAUCCAUUGUGCCUUUGUAGUUGGCAAGUCGCGAGUGACCCCCCUCAAGCCUGUCNACCAUAUUGGUUCUCCUCCAUCCUAG